GCUCACCGAUUCGGUGUUGAGCAUAUUGUUUGGAAAUGUGAACUUUAUCUAAAAACAAAGGAAUCAGAGCAGUCGUUUGAUUUGUUCCAGAAGCUUGUCUUCGCAACGAAGUAUAAAAUGGCUUCUCUUGAGACCGACUGCCUAGCAGAACUACGAACAGCUAAUGACGUGCGACUAUUGCUAGAUGAUCCGCGCUUGGAGCAAGCUCCCAAAGAAUUACGUCCACUACUUUUGGAGACAUUGCUUCAACGAUUUAAAUCUGAUACGGCUACUCCAAAAGAUCUCGACACAUCCAGAGCCGCACAGAAUUUUGUUUGCAACCUAUUUAAAUCAGUUAGUUUAUCGAAAGAAGUUGAAGUUCCCAAAGCUACCAAAAGCACAGUGCCGAAACAGGAACAGUCAUCUGUAGAUGGUUGCAGCGAAGUUACAGCGCUGCGUAACGAACUGAAAAAGCAGGAAGCAAUGCGACAUAAUUUGGAGAUGUCGUUAAAGGUUUGUUUUUACUUUGCAGUUGCAAAAUGUUCAAAUAGCAUGUUGAGUGUGCGUAAAUCUUCUAUUGAAAAGACGUCAUUUAUAAAAUCCAAUCUACUGCUGCAGUAAUA